CUUCCAUAAAUUCGUAUUAUCUAAAGUCUCUCGGAUCUCUCCCAAUAAACGUGCUUCUGACCGCCUACUAUCCGGCACUCUCUUCCGGCGUCCUUGCCGACCUUUGCGGCAAUCGCGGGCGGAAAGCGCAUAAAAGCUGCAAGCGACCCACAGGUAACCUGCGCAUCUGCGAACCAGUCGAAAGCGAUUGCGUACGGAACGUGGUCGCGUAUCAGUGAGAGUCGAAAUUCCGCCUUGUGUACAUCCGUUAUUUUAACGAGAAACAUCGCGGAUAAAAAGCUUCGAUGUAUCGAAAUCGCAGAUGACUCUCGACUCGCCGAGUCAAAAUGGCAACACAAUUAUCAACGAAAUUAAUACUUACGCCCAUUACGACUGCCUUCAUAAUUGUCUAAGAGAAUUAGUAUUAUAUUAAUAGAUGUAUAUUACUUGCCAAGAGACCACAUGUCGUUAAUAUAUUUCUGUGAAAUGUAAUGUAACAUCGAUGAAAUUCAGCCGGAGAGAGAUUCAUUGUAUUUAUUAUUAAAAAAUAUGCUGCUUCGACAUGGCAGUAAAAUGCAUGGAAGGCCCUUUUGUGUUCAGACUAAAUGAGAACGGUACCGCACCGCAUUUACUUGUACAGGUUUGCACGGAACGAGGAUGGCGGGAGUAUGUCGGCGACAAUAAUGUAUUCAAAGAUCGAUGGAAUUUAUGGUGGCGGUCCGGAGGUUUCCCCACGUCACAUUAUAAGCCAUUACUUCCCUGGCAGUUUGUCAAUCGGAUACCAAAAGGAAAUUCUAUCUGCCGUAAGGAUAAACUGAUCCGUCACUUGAAAUGUAUGAAAAAAAUCCACGGUUCAAUUUAUGACUUCAGUCCGGCAGGAUAUAACUUACCUUCCGAAUACACGAAACUGGCCGAAGAAUGUAGUCGUUACGAGAAAGACUACAAAAUUUGGAUCUGUAAGCCAGUUGGUCAAAGCCAAGGAAAAGGAAUUUUUUUGUUUCGCAAAUUAAGCGAUCUAUCAUACGACAAUGCCGCGGUUGCGCAAAGAUAUAUCGAGAAUCCUUUGCUAAUCGGCGGAUACAAAUUCGAUCUUCGCCUGUAUGUAUGCGUACCAUCGUAUCGUCCAUUGACAAUUUAUUUGUACAAGGAAGGUUUGGCUCGUUUCGCUACCGAAAAAUUUUCCUUGGAACGGUUGGACGAUCCAUUUCGACAUCUAACGAAUUUUUCCUUGAACAAGCUAGGACCAGGCUACUCAGAGAAAAAGGAACGCAUCGGUGCCGGAUGCAAAUGGACGUUUAGACAAUUAAGAAGAUAUUUCGAGCAAUCAGGAUACUUCGAUUGGAUUCUAUGGCAAAAAAUCUCUUGUUUAGUGACUCUAACAAUCCUAAGUCAAGCAGCAGGAAUUCCUAAAUCCUCAAAUUGUUUCGAAUUUUUCGGUUUUGAUGUGUUAAUCGAUGCGAAUUUAAAACCGUGGCUCUUAGAGGUGAACUUAAGUCCGGCUUUGAGUAAUGACUGUGAAGUCGAUUCGGAAGUGAAAAAACCCCUAUUGCAUGAUCUAUUUGAUUUAUUAGGUUUUCCAGUGUGUAAUACCGGUCUCUCCCUAUUUACAAUCUGGUCCUCGUCUAAUCGCGUUGAAGAGGACGAGGGAAAAAUGUCUUCCAAAUUCGGCCGUUCCACGAAAAAAAAAUCAAAACUCGGACGAGAAACCGAUGCUUUUUUAAAUUUCUCUCCGGAUAUCCGAGCUACGUUAAGACAAUCAACUCCGGAAAUUUGUCCAACUGCCUGGUCGCAUUGCAACCCGUUAUUAAUGGACAAAUACAUAUCUCGAGGAUAUAAAGGAAAUACGAUCGAGAAUUACACUUCCAAAGCGAUUUGGGACAACGGCAGAGAUUGGAGGGUUUCCUGUGUAAAGGAAGGUGGAUGGAUUCGUAUUUGCCCCUUUACUCGGAUAAAACAUACUGAGAAUACGGAAAAUAUGAGACCGUCACCAAGAACUGUUGAGAAUGAGAUCAAGAAUAUGGUUGUUUCUAUACAAAAGUACUUAAAAGUCGUAAAGGAAGUGCAACAAAGAAAUGAAAAACUCACAGAUGAACAAUGCAAUGCUCUUCUGCAAAACGCGUUAGAAUUAAAUACGGAAGUUUGGCUGCCAGAAAAAUAAAAACCUAGAAGUCUGCAUCUUUUGCUCAUGCCCACAAUUUUCACAUCUACAUUUAUUGUCUACGCUUGUUAACUAUAGCAUUAUUUUAAAAAAUACUAUGUACAAUGUAAUGAAUGUGCCUUUCGUUCUCUUUAUUCUCCAUAGAAAUCUUUCUAAUAUAUACAUUAUAUUUAAUAUAUAUUAAAAUAAUUAAUUACAAAAUUUUAUGCAACAAGCAAUCAAACAUUUAAUACUUAGAUUUAGC